GUCAAGGUGACGCCCUUGUGGCAUCUUGAUACUCUUUUGUGCUAUUCUCUUACUUCUGCGUUGUACAUUGUCUAAAAGGAAAAUUUAUUACGAAAGACUAUUUGUUAAGGAAAAGCAAUAUAACAAUUCGGAUUAUAAAUGGCGUCUGGAAAUUAUUGAUCAAUUGGUUGGAUCCCAUCAGGGGAUUUAUUCAAACCUUACUUCCAGCCAAUUGUUAGAAUUGCACACUACAUUUAGAAGAUGUGGUGAUAGUCGUAGCAUUCCAUAUAUAUAAAAAGGUUACUUAUGCAUUUCAGGACUGCGUUAUGAAUGUAUUCACCUAUUAUACUAUAUCAUAACCAUUCUUUUCUUGUUCGACGAAAAGCAAUCCAAGGUUCUCCAUAAACUUUGCUUUAAAGCAAAGUGCCUUCAGGCUAGACACUAUCCUUAUUGUUAUUGUUAUCAGUAAAACUUAAUAAGUAGAAAGAAUGGUAUUUUUGCAAUGACCGAAUCUAAAAUAAAACUAGAUUCAUUUGAGAAGAUUUGAUUUUACUUGAUAAGUUCUCAAUGAAAUGUGAACGUGAUUGGUUUUCCGGAAGGUUUUCUUACCACAACACAUUACGAAUAAUUUCAAUAUCAGUGUAAUAGGAAUAUCGAUGUCUGAUUCCUGUUUUGGAAUUGACUGUAAAGUCGAAGAACUAGUGGAGUUGGAUGACUUGAUUAGGAAGUCAUCACAGGAGUUUAUCACAGAAGAUAUAAAUAUUAUGCCUGAAAACUGUAUAAAAGUGGAAGACUGUAGCUACGAUAGUCCUGCCGAUGACCACUUAAGAGAUAAAUUGGAAACUAUGAGAGGCAGUCAGACAUUAAAAGUGGAAGAGAGUUUUAAACAUGAAUGCGAUUCUGAUGACGCUUCUGGCGUUGAUAAUCUCGUUACAGAUAAACGUAACCACACCACUGGUUUAGUUGUCAUUACGGUAAAUCAGAAUCUAAUCAGGCAAAAUUCUGCAAAGGAAACGAAACUCUUCAAAUGUACUAUGUGUCAUAGUUGCUAUACUUCUAAAACAUUUUUAAACAUACACAAUAAAUAUGUUCAUAAAGGAAUGAAAUCGUCUCGUGAUUCAUGCAACAAGAAAUCUUCAACAGAAACUACACGUAACCUUCACAUUAAAACUAUUCAUGAAGGAAUAAAUUAUACAUGUGGUCAGUGUAAUAGAAAAUUUGCUUGUCAAGCUAAUUUAAAUCAACAUAUUCAAGUUUUUCAUGAUCGAAUCAAAUAUCCAUGUGAUCAAUGUGAUAAAAAAUUCACUAGUAAAUCACGUCUUAAACAACAUGUAAAAGCUAUUCAUGAAAGAUUGAAAUAUGCAUGUAGUCAGUGUAAUGGAAAGUUUACAUCGAAAUUCUAUUUAAUUGAACAUAUGCAAGUGAUUCAUGAAGGCAAAAAAUAUCCAUGUCAUCAAUGUGAUAAAAAACUUUCAUCAAAAUGUAGUUUAAAUGAACAUGUAAAAGUUCAUCAUAAAGGUAUAAAGUUUACCUGUAAUCUAUGUAACAAAGAGUUUGGUUUCAAAGGAAGUCUAGACAGGCAUCAUAAAACUAUUCAUGAAGGAAUUCGAUUUACAUGUAAUCAUUGUGAUAGAAAAUUUACAACAAAACAUGAUUUAACUGAACACAUAAAAGUUGUUCAUGAAGGCAUAGAAUAUCGAUGUGAUCAUUGUAAUGGAAAGUUUUCAUCGAAAUCCAAUUUAAAAGAACAUUUGAGAUUUGUUCAUGAAGGUGUAAGGUUUACUUGUGAACAAUGCAAUAAAAUGUUUGCUAAACGAAGUAAAUUGAAUGAACAUAUCAAAUCUGUUCAUGAAGUAGUUCAUGUUUGAAGUCUUUUAAUUUUAUCCGACCGUCAAAAGUGUAAUGUUGCUCAAUAAAAAAAAAGAAUGAUUCAUUUUCUCUAAAACAGAAUGAAAAAAGCAGGAUUUAGUUUCUCAAUCAAUGAUUGUACAUAUAUAUAUAUAUGUAUAUCAAAUGUAU